UUGAGUAGCUUAACAACUGCUUAUGUGCUUCCCAUGAUAUGUUCUCCAUAUGCAAAAAUUAUGACAUCAGCAUCCAAAGGAAUUCUCCGCCCAUUUUUAAUCGUCUGCAUUAUCCUGGGCUGCUUCAUGGCAUGUCUGCUCAUUUACAUCAAGCCCACCAACAGCUGGAUCUUCAGUCCAAUGGAGUCAGCCAGCUCAGUGCUGAAAAUGAAAAACUUCUUCUCCACCAAAACUGAUUAUUUUAAUGAAACUACUAUCCUGAUUUGGGUGUGGCCAUUUGGGCAGACCUUUGACCUUACAUCUUGCCAAACAAUGUUCAACAUCCAAGGAUGCCAUCUUACCACAGACCGUUCCCUCUACAACAAAUCUCAUGCGGUUCUGAUCCAUCACCGAGACAUCAGUUGGGAUCUGACUAACUUACCUCAGCAGGCUAGGCCACCCUUCCAGAAAUGGAUUUGGAUGAAUUUGGAAUCACCAACCCACACACCUCAAAAGAGUGGCAUUGAGCACCUGUUCAACUUGACUCUGACUUAUCGCCGUGACUCAGAUAUCCAAGUGCCUUAUGGCUUCUUGACGGUGAGCACAAAUCCCUUCGUGUUUGAAGUGCCAAGCAAAGAGAAGUUAGUGUGCUGGGUAGUAAGUAACUGGAACCCUGAGCAUGCGAGGGUCAAGUAUUACAAUGAGCUGAGCAAAAGCAUUGAAAUCCAUACAUACGGGCAAGCAUUUGGAGAGUAUGUGACUGAUAAAAAUUUGAUUCCUACCAUAUCUACCUGCAAAUUUUAUCUGUCUUUUGAAAACUCAAUCCACAAAGAUUACAUCACAGAAAAGCUCUAUAAUGCUUUUCUGGCUGGCUCUGUCCCUGUGGUUCUGGGGCCGUCUAGGGAAAAUUAUGAGAAUUAUAUUCCAGCAGAUUCAUUCAUUCAUGUGGAAGAUUAUAACUCUCCCAGUGAGCUUGCAAAGUAUCUGAAAGAAGUUGACAAAAACAAUAAGUUAUACCUUAGUUACUUUAACUGGAGGAAGGAUUUCACAGUAAAUCUUCCACGAUUUUGGGAAUCACAUGCAUGCCUGGCUUGUGAUCAUGUGAAAAGGCAUCAGGAAUAUAAAUCUGUGGGUAAUUUAGAGAAAUGGUUUUGGAAUUAA